UCAAAGACCCUAUUCGGUGAAGGCGCGUCUCGCUUUUAUAUACGCAGUUUCAGCCAAGCACAUUUGACGUACAACGAUCGCAGAAUGGGUUGCGCAAGUGGAAAGCCGAAACAAGGAUAUGGGCUCAACAACAUGAGCGUGAACCAAGGGGGCCAAAAGUCUCGUCCUCGCCCGGGCGCCGUCAAUCCUGAAUACGACUACCUGUUCAAGCUCCUGCUCAUAGGCGAUAGCGGCGUCGGCAAGUCGAGCCUCCUUCUGCGCUUCGCCGAUAACACAUUCACCGAGUCCUUCAUAUCCACGAUCGGUGUUGACUUCAAAAUCAGGACAAUUCCUAUCGACGGAACGACCGUUAAACUUCAGAUUUGGGACACCGCCGGCCAAGAGCGCUUCCGGACCAUCACCUCCUCCUACUACCGGGGUGCGCACGGCAUCAUUGUAGUAUACGACAUCACUCACCAGGAUACCUUCAAUAACGUGCAGAAAUGGCUCCAAGAGAUCGACCGAUAUGCCUGCGAAAAUGUCCACAAAAUACUAGUCGGCAACAAGUCCGAUCUCGUCAGCCACCGUAGAGUUCCUAUAGAAGUUGCUCAGGAAUUUGCGAACUCUCUUAAUCUCAUUUUUUUGGAAACAUCCGCCAAAAACUCGAACAAUGUAGAAGAAGCGUUUACCAAGAUGGCCAGAGCCAUCAAGGAGAAAAUCGAGGACUGAUUCGCCGCGCACCAAUUCCUUCUCUCUGCACUGCUCGGAAAAGAAUCACAUGGUUUUGCUAAUUCCCCCAUAGAGUGGCCCCUAUAUAAAAAAAUGAUAACACGUAAAAAA